AUAACUUUAAAAUCGGAAAAACAAAAUUAAUCAUUCGACCAUUUUAUCUUUAAUUUAAACAUCCCAUGCCAAUUUUAUUAGUAUUAAAAUGAAAACUGUGGCAACCGGUGGGAAAUACUUUUCUUAAAAUGUGAAAGGAGGAAGUGUGUCGGAGAACAUCUGCGGAUAUCGGUCACUGAGUUUUCUCUCUCCUUCCCACCAUAACUCGGAGCUAAAUCGAGAGAAAACUCAAACCAAAAGCAAACUUCAUGGGUCAGGAAUCCUUCAUCUACAGCUUCGUAGCUCGAGGAACAAUGGUUCUGGCCGAGUACACCGAGUUCACCGGCAACUUCCCCGCAAUCGCAACUCAGUGCCUUCAAAAACUACCUUCUACUAAUAACAAAUUCACGUACAAUUGUGAUCACCAUACCUUCAAUUUCUUAGUCCAAGAUGGUUACGCUUAUUGUGUUGUUGCAAAAGAAUCAGUUGGCAAACAAAUAUCAAUUGCAUUUCUUGAACGUGUGAGAGUCGACUUCAAGAAAAGAUAUGGUGGUGGUAAAGCCGAUACAGCAGUUGCCAAAAGUCUCAACAAGGAAUUCGGCCCUAUAAUGAAAGAACACAUGCAAUACAUAAUCGAACAUGCAGACGAGAUUGAGAAACUUAUAAAAGUGAAAGCACAAGUUUCAGAAGUUAAAAGUAUAAUGUUGGAGAACAUAGACAAGGCUAUUGAUAGAGGACAAAACCUUACAACUUUAAACGACAAGGCUGAAAAUCUGCGUGAUUCGGCACAAGAGUUUAAGAAAGCAGGAACGAAAAUAAGAAGGAAGAUGUGGUACCAAAACAUGAAAAUAAAACUAGUUGUUCUUGGGAUUCUUCUGUUACUUGUUCUUGUUAUUUGGCUUUCAAUUUGCCAUGGUUUUGAUUGCACCAACUAAGGUUAUAAUGUAAAGUUGUGUUGUUAUAUGGUUUGAGAGAAAAGAGUGAAAUUAAUUUCCCUUUUUUUUUUCCUCUCUUUUAAUUACUUGUAUUUUCUACUUAAUUUGUUGUAAAAUAACAAAGACAAGUAACUUGAUUUAUAUUAUAUUUUCAACAUGUUGUAGUCAUUUCUCUUAUUAAUACAAUACUCUUACAAUCAUCAUAUGUUCAUUCAAUGUGACAUCUUAUUAUCUUAAUAAAUCAAUUUUCAAAUAAUCUUACAACAAUGACUUAAUCGAUUCAGCACCAUGGCCAUUUAGCAUCUGUCCAUUGAAACCAACGAUCGAUUUUGUUCACAUCAGAAUCAAAAAAGUUGGAUUCGAUACUCUUUUCAAUUUUUCCACUUUCAUUUCUUUGUGUUCCAAAAGCUUGACAACAUGCAAAACUUCUAUCGCGUGUCAAUGCAUCUUCUUUAUACGAUGAAUUUCCAUACCUUGGGUGCAUGAUAAACACCACAUUCUUCCACCAUAGCUUCAAAGCCUGCAUCAUGUAAUUGAAUUUUGAGGUGCCUCAUACAUUCUAAUGUAUUUGAAUAUUGAAUUUUGACACUUACAUGCCAAUAGAUCCAUAAUGCAACUUUGUGUGGCAUUAACCAGAAGAAAACUGCAUGAUCAACAGAUGAUGAAGAUACCCUAUUUGCCCUCAAGGAAGCUGUGAAAUAGUCGCCAUGUUUAGGAUGUUUAACGGAAAUAUUCACCACAAGAUUAUCCCCAGGUGUACUUGUUCUUAUACUCCAGUUCCCAAGCAUAUCCUGAAAGGGCUAACAUGAAGGGGUUUAGCGACUACAUCAGAACUUGGGUUGAAAAGGAACUGUACUCUUUCUCCCCAUGGCGUAUUGGUGACCUAAUGCAGGAAAAUGGAAUGAUGUUAAGGUAAAUGAUAUUACAAAAUAGAGAACGAAAGAAAUGGAUUACAGACCUCAGCUAUGCACUUGAUUAAGGUUGUGUUUGAGCCUUCUUUGUUGUAGCAAUAGUACAAACUUAAGGGGUUUUGUUCGUAUCCGACGCUAGGAGGAAUUGUCAAGAGGAAACUGAGCGAAAGGUGGAAAAGUCAAUCAAGAGAUCUCAAUUUCCAAACAUAAUUGAUCUCGAUCGUAUAAUCCAUGGACAAUGUAACUACUUAAGAAUUCAAUGUACUGGAAUUGGAAUUGAUGAAUCGAAAUUAUGCAGAACAAUUAAAACUCACAGAAAUUAGCAAGGCUUAAAUAAAAUUAGGGACUUACACAGGACCAGUGGUUUGAGCAAUAUCACGAGCUUGUUGAGGCGAGAGGUGGUGAGGUGGAGUGUGAGGUGUGUGAUCGAGGUCAAUAAAAGCGUAACGGACGGAGUACUUGAAGGAAUGGUGAACGGGACGACGGCGUUCGUGCCAGACGGUGCCAUCGUAGAGGGAGAUCGAAGUGGUUGCGUCGGUGGUCGUUGAGCGAGGGAAGAGACGGUGGAGGAGGAGGCGGAAGGGGAGGAGGAGGGAGAGAGUGAAGGAGAUAAGAGUGGUGGAGAUGAUUGAGCAGAGAAGAUAAAGCAACUCCAUUUAGACC